AUGUUGAAAAGAGUGUGGGAUACACCGACACCACAGAAGGCAAGAGUCACGAGCUGGAGGAUUCUGAGGAACAGGUUACCAACGUGCGAUAAUUUGAGGAAAAGAAACAUCUUGGUUGGCGAAGAGGAGGGCUGGUCUAAUGCUUGCUGCAAUCAAUUCGAAUCGAUAGCGCAUGUGUUUUUGACGUGCCCAAAAUCAGAAGCAGUGUGGAUCAAAAUGCAGAAAUGGCUGAGAGUCAGUGCUCCACAUCCACAAAAUAUUAUUGCACACUUCGACGCCUUUACGAACAUGGGAAAAAAGAAGAGUUGCAAAUUCCUCUCGGCAUUGUGGAUGUGUGUCAAUUGGAUGUUGUGGAAGUAUCGUAAUGAUAGCAGGUUUGACGACAAGACAUGGGAAAUUCAAAGCUUCAUCCGGGAGAUAAGGCCAGAUUUUGGAGUUGGAACAAGGUUUAUAGCUUAA